UUCAGGACUCCAGUCGUCAGUAGCAGCAACAACUAGGGGAGCCGCUGAGUCCGGCAUUUUGUACAUUCUGACUGUUCCUUGUUCCACCUUUUGUUGUUAAUCUUACGAUUUUUUUCCAACCAGGAUGGCAGCACCGGUACGAACGAGAGUUACAGAGGCUGACAGACGCCAUUUUGAUUUUGUGCAAACUUUACAUCGUAUAUCUGAGGCCCUGACGAAGAAAGAAACAAGACUCUUGAAAUUCUAUUGUAUUCGGCAUAUUCCAAAAGGCAGGGCCGAAAAACUCAAACAGCCGAUUGACAUUUUCCACAAGUUAACAGAACUUGAUAAAAUAGACGAGGAGAACUUGGACUUUGUUGAAGAGAUCUUGGAAAGAAUGGGUCGAGCAGACCUGGUGAGGGACAUCCUGAGGCCGUUCCAACCACCUGACCGAGACAUUCCAGAGAAUCCCGAAUUACAACCAGGAACAAGCACCGAAGGUGCAAGUGCGAAUGCAACUACAACAUCAUCUGACGCCUUCUUGGUCAUUCAUGGCCAAAGACACAUGAUCCAGGAAACCGUAGAUCGUCAUAGACAAAGUCUAGCAUCAUUAUGUGGCAGUGGGAGGUCACAGAUCAAGUUCAGAGGUUACAAGAAAGGCAAGAGCAUCCUGGUGCACUACUCCAUACCACAGGAGAGCAGAGCACUAUUGAAGCACAUGGCGGAUCACUCUGACCCAAGACUUGUGUACAUGGGCAUCAAGUCACUGCAGAUCAAUGCUGAAGCACCUAUAAAUGUCACACAUAAGGCACUAUUGUUUGAUGUCAAGAGACAGUACACCGUCGAUGACAUUGAGGUAGGAUGCAGAACCCGGAUUGACCAGCAAAGAACACCCAAGAACUGGUCCCGCCUGUCUGCUCUGAACCUGUUCUCGGACACCCUGCCCCUCCAUCUGCAGGUAGCUGAGAGUCUGGAGUACCAGGGCUUCUCUUAUGGUCUGGUUCAGGCUCUGGUGCAGAAGGAUCAGCUUAGAGAACAAGAGAUGAAGCAGCUCAUCAAAAACCUGAAGAGAGCGGAGGUGGAUUUCAACACAGUCAUGACCUUGCGUUCCAAACUAACCAUUUCAGAGCACAGGUUAAAGGAAGCCCUUGAGAAUAUCGCAGCUCUUGAAAAAGAGCUCCAGCAGGCCCGUGAAUAUGCAGAGAAAGCUGCUAAGCAGGUCACAUCUCAUGUGACGGAGUACAGGAAAGAGAAGCUGCCUGGUGACUGGUCAUUGGAGUACAGAGGAGAAAAACCGCCUGGUGGCUGGUCUGCACAGAUUGAUGAUGCAGGUGAUGAGAAGACAACACGGGGAGAAAGUGAUGUUGGUGAGAAAGCAAAAGAAGAAUCGAGUGAAAAGGAUGCAGACAAGAUUGCUGCAAUACCAGGCAGAUUAGCAUCAAGGGCAGAGACAGAGGCACCUGGUAUAUGCAUUGGAGACUCUGAACAGGGCAUCAUCUCCUACGGCGAAAGAGGAACUGAACCCGGGCAAUUUCGGUACCCACGUGGUGUUGUAGUGUCAUCAAAUCACGAGAUAUUUGUGGCUGAUCGAGGCAACAGGCGAGUCCAAGUCCACAACACAGAGGGUGUCUACCUCCGCCACUUUCCAACAGUCGUACCGGGUACAGAGGACAUGGAACCACACGAUGUCUCUCUUGAUGGUAACGGCACACUGUGGAUUGUGGGGGAUGGCCAAUCAGCUGACCAUGUUGUACAAUACAGCACAGGUGGCAUUGCCAUGACACAGUUUGACCUUAAGAAGAAGGAUUAUUACCGUGGUAUUGCAGUGGACAUGCGCAAUAGCCACAUCCUGGUGACUGAUGCAACCCUUGAUGAAGUGCAGGUAUUCCGUCCAGACGGAUCUCUGGUGCGGAGGUUCAGACAUCCAGAGCGCGAGAUGCAAAUUCCGCGGUACAUCACUGUGGACAGGGAAGGAAACUGCCUUGUGUCAGACUGGGUCACUCAUUCUAUCUUCAUGUUUGACGAGUCUGGGAAGUUCCUGCUGAAGUUUGGAGGGGAGGGAAGUGGUGAAGGUCAACUAAUGAAUCCUCGUGGCAUCUGCACAGACAGUUUGGGUCACAUCAUCGUGGCAGACUAUGGGAACAGGAGGAUACAGAUGUUCACACGUCACGGCGAGUAUAUCCGUACCAUUGAUACUGGGUUUGUGGCAGCAGGCGUGGCUGUGGGACCGGAAGGGCAGUUGGUAGUGACUAAUUGGGACAGCUAUUCAGUGACUGUUUUUCCUAGUUAUCUAUGAGUUUAUUGCUUUGAUAGUUCUUUCAUGUUGCCGAGCAUAUGUGAAGAGAGUCAUGAUGUUUAACAAUCUGUUGUUUAAAGGUAGAUUCCAUUUGCAUAAAAUCUAUGACAUAUAUUAAUAAUCAAAUCACAUAAUAUCUUGUUGUUUCUCUCCAGUAAUUUUCCUCCAAAGUUUAUAAUCAGAAUAAAGUACAACUUGAUGUCAGCAAUAGAAGGGUGAUACUGAUGAUGAUGCAGAUGUAUAUAGAAGAACUUUAUUGCACGACAAUUGCACAGGGUACAAUGUAUGGCAAACUACAUAA